UACGUCAUCACUCCGCGCCGGAAGUGGAGCCGUGCUUUUAGUGCUGUUUACAUAUUGCAGACCUGAGGAUCGGUGUGGAGAGUAAAAUGCCAGCCGGGAAAAACUUCCGCAGACGCAAAGCCUCCAGCUCCGAGGAAGAGGAGGAAGAUGAAGAGGUGACCAACGAGGUUAGAAAGAAACUUGAACAAGCCAAGGAAGUGCAGAGUCUACGAAAGCGCCCCAAUGGUGUAAGCGCUGUCGCUCUAUUGGUUGGAGAAAAAGUUUCAGAAGAAGCGGUGCUGGUGGAUGAUCCUUUCAAAAUCAAAACUGGAGGGAUCGUGGAUAUGAAGAAGCUGAAGGACCGGGGCACGGAAAGACUUGCAGAUGAUGAAGACCUGAACCUGGGAACCUCGUUCUCUGCAGAAACCAACAGGAGGGAUGAAGAUGCUGACAUGAUGAAGUACAUCGAAACAGCUAAGAAAAAAAAAGGAAUCAUUGAGAAUGAAGAGAAGAAGGUGAAGCCAAAGAGCGCAGAAGAUUGCUUGUACGAGCUCCCGGACAGCAUCAAGGUGUCGUCCGCCAAGAAGACGGAGGAGAUGUUGUCCAACCAGAUGCUGAGCGGGAUCCCGGAGGUGGACCUGGGCAUAGAUGCAAAAAUCAAAAACAUCAUUUCCACGGAAGACGCCAAGGCCCGCUUACUGGCCGAGCAGCAGAAUAAGAAGAAGGACAAGCAAACUUCCUUCGUGCCCACCAACAUGGCCGUCAACUACGUGCAGCACAAUCGAUUCUACCAGGAGGACCUCAACACCCCUAUGAGACGUCACAAGGAAGAGCCAAAAGCUCGUCCCCUGCGAGUAGGAGACACCGAGAAGCCAGAACCUGAGAAAUCUCCUCUAAAUCGCAAGCGUCCAUCCAACGAGAAGGCCACAGACGACUAUCACUAUGAGAAGUUCAAGAAAAUGAACAGACGUUACUGAUGCCGCCGUCUGGAAAUCUACAAUACAGCGUAAUAAAGCCCGGACAUGGCCGCCAGUUACCCCGGAGCUGAGAACAGAACUCUUUACCUUCUUUUCUGACACCUUGGAGCUAAAGACUUCUAUGGGUCAAGGCCGUCAGUGUUAUCCAUGGACCAAUGUAUCUGUAUUUUAAAGGGUUUUUCCAGGUGUCCUGAGGAUAGGUCAUCAAUACCUGAUUGGUGGGGGUCUAACACCCGGGACCCCUGACGAUCAGCUUUAUGAAGAGGCUGCAGCACUCCAGUGGCCUCCUC